AUGGUUAGACCGCAUCGCCGAGUGUCCUGGCGGCAUCCCAGAUCUCGCCACUGGCACCAGCUGGAUCUCGUCAUCAUUCGGAAAGCUUCACUGAACUGUGUUCUCACCACACGCAGCUAUCACAGUGCUGACUGCGACACUGACCACUCCAUGGUCGGUAGUAAAAUCCGUCUCCAACCCAAGCGGAUCCACCGAUCUAAGCAGAAAGGUCGACCCCGCAUGAACACCAGCAAGACGGCAAUCCCAGACCUGUGCGAGCGCUUCGCCAAUUCCAUUGAGGAUGUCCUCAAAAACUGCCCUGGUGGCAACACUGAAGAGAGGUGGAGUCACAUCCGUGUUUUCAUCUACAACUCUGCAAUGGACACCUUGGGCAAGGGGAAGAGAGGGCAAAAAACCCGGAUUGGUUCGAAGCCGGCAUUGCUGAACUGGAGCCAGAAAAUUGAGGCCAAGAGAGCUGCCCUUAUUAACCACAAGAGGGAACCUUCUGUGGAAGUCACUCGCUGCACUCAGGAAGGCCAGGAACGACGCCCAACGGAUCGCUCGGCGCUGCGCAAAUGA